UCCGAGAAAUGGCGUCGAAGUGAGCGGGCUCGUUUCGGUGGGCUGGUGAAUCAUUUGAAACGACGAUUGCAAGUGCUGUCGAAGAAACUCACUGAAAAAGAACUGCUGAAGAUCAUUCGCGGUUAUUUGCUCAAAUAUAUGGGUCGUGAUCGGAGCCGACAACAGGCCAUACUGCCCAUCCAACUGGGCAAUUGGGGCACUGUAAAACAGCUCAUCGAUUGUCUUAGAAAGAAACCCUCGAAUAACAAUAGCAUUAUGUCGCCAUAUUCGCACUAA